CAACCCAUGCGCGAGCAAACCUUUGACCUGCCGCUUAUCCGUCCUAGUUUACCUCCUGCAACUGCCUUGAUAAAGCCCGCGUCGUCAGGGAAGUGUGAUCACUGGCUCGUGUACUUCUCGUCUCUCUUGUACUGUAGUUGUUAGGGAUUAAAGUGAGCGGUUGUUACUGGUUACUAAUAGUACGGACGGCGCAGUUUGGGUACGGUAGUUGUAGCACCAGCGAGCUAUGCUAACUCGCAUUUCGCUCAGCUGUGACUUAUCGACAACACGUGGAUUACAUACACGUCGCAUGAGUUCGGGAUCUCUUUUUCCGAAGGACCAGGAGCUGUACGCCAGAAACGACAUGCCAUUUCUCUGACUGAUCACGAGGCUAGGGAUAUAAGCCUCUGAAGUACCAGCUGUCCAGGAGCGAUUUUCCCAGUCCAACUCUUUUCUUUAGGCUCCUCAAUACUGCUCACGACGCUAGCGAUUCGAGACUCUAAAGUACCAGCUGUCUAGGAGUGAUUAACUCAGUCUAGCUCUUGCGUUUAACGAUUAACUGAGUAGUACUCAUUUUAACUCCUGACUCAACCUCAUUUGCACUCUACUACCAUGGCGGCCAGCAUCAUCCACAUCGCUAACGCGAGGGAGCUAGCGCGAGAGGUGGAGGCGCUUUUCCCGAAGCUGGACCCACAGGUGGACUGGGACGCUCGCAUGGCUGCCUUGAAGCGUCUCGAAGGGCUUUUCCGAGGCGCGGCAAGGUCCGGAGUAGCGGGCAUCUCGUCGCUGCUCCGGCAGCUCGUCAUGCCUCACCUCGCCGUGCAGCUGCAGGACGGCCGAUCCAAGAUCGUCAAGCAGGCGUGCAACCUCGUUUCGGCUAUUGCAGAGUGUCUGUCCGGAGAGCUUGAAGUAUGCGUGGAUCUUCUGCUUCAGGAGCUGAUGAAGCUCUUGGGGUCGUCCGCGGCAAUCAUGGCUGACUCUGCCGAUGCCACCAUCCGGAUUGUGGUGACACGUUGCAGGCCCGGCCGCACGCUGAGCAAGGUGUUUGAGUCGGCCCGGGCGUCCAAGAGCACUGUGCUGAGAACCAGGUGUGCGGAGUACGUUCUACUGGCUCUGGAGGUGUGGGGCCCGCAGGGCGAGCUGGCAGCGCUGGUGGACGCGAUUGAGAUCAGCAUUCGCAGCGGCGUUCAGGAUGGCACAAGGGAGGUGCGGGCCACAGCCAGGCGCAGCUUCCGAGAGUUUUCCCACUACUGGCCGGAAAGGGCUGCCCAGCUUCACUCCUCGUUUGAUGUCACAGUGCAAAAGGUGCUAGCCCAGGAGGACAAGUCAGCCGUGCUCUCAGCACACACACGGAGAGACCCAGCUCCCCGCCCCUCGCCCUCUCGAGCGCGCAGCCCCCAGCCCAUUCUGCCUCGCUCGGCUGCUUCCCUUGGGAACCUCAUGGCCGCUCGGAGACAGGCUGCUGCUGCUACAAUUGCUGCUACAGCUGAUGGUGCUGGUGGUGCUGCUACAGCCGGUGCUGCUUCAGGUGUUGCAGCUGCUACAGGCGCUGCUGCAGAUGGUGCCAGGGGAGGAUUGGCCAGUCUUAGCCUGAAUCGUGCAGCCGGUCAGCUGGCAAGGGGAGCAAUAGCGGCUGCUGCUGCUGCUGCUGCUACAGGCGGUGCUGCUACAGGCGGUGCUGCUGCUGCUGCUGCUGCUGGUAGUGCUGCUACAAGAGGGGGCUGGGGAGGAGAAAGGGGAGGAGGAGGUGGGAUGGGGUUGGUUCGGGGAGUGAGGCUGGGUACAGAAGGCACAGCUGCUGCUGCAGCGGCAGUGAGGGUGGUGGCAGGAGGAGGGGGAGGGCGUGAGGGGGUUGUAGCAGGACCAGGAGCAGCAGGAGCAGCAGGAGCAGCAGGAGCAGCUGUAGCAGCUGUAGCAGCUGUAGCAGCCGGUCGGGUGGGUUUAAGGGCAGCAGGGAGGGGAGGAGUGGUUGGUCCACAGAGAGUGACAAUAACGUAUGGGGUUGAAGCGAGGGGAAGGGCAGGUACUGCUGCUGCUGCUUACACUGCCGAUGAAGAUGAUGAUGAAGGUUUUGGAGGAGACGAGGUGUCAUCUGGGGAAGGUUCACCACGGAGUGAAAUGACCCUUUCGCCCAAAAUCGUUCGUGUUCUGAACUUCGACGCUGGGGACACUGCUAGCAGCACGGGUGGCGCUGCUGCUGCUGCUGGCAUGGCUCGGGUUCCUAUAGACGAUGUUCCUAUGAAGGAGAACGUGCAGGGAGCAUGGCAUGCGUCGACUGCAGCAGGAGGAGCAACAGGAGGAGGAGCAGCAGGAGGAGAAGGGCUGUGUGGUGGUGGGGCGAGGAGACAGAGGCAUAGUAUUGCUGCCUCCAGCAAUAUCGAGGGGCUAGCGCCGUCCAGGCUUCUAGGGGCUGGAGCGAACAGGGUGAUCGGAAGGGCACUGGGGGAAAGGGAAGGGAAGGGAGGAGCGGGGGAAGGACGGGAUAUGGCGGGGAUGGGCAUGGGGAGAAUGCGUGCAGGUGGGACUGGGGCAGGUGGGAUAGGGGGAGGUGGGAUUGGGGAGGGUGGUGGGGAGAGAAGGGGAGUGCAUGCGAGGAGGUCUGUGGGGGCGCCGGUGCGAGGGAGUGAGGAGGGUGGAGGGGCAAUGGGUAACGUGGGGUGGGUUGAGGAGAGGACGAGAGCAGCAAGGGGGCCUGUUAGGCUUGCAGCUAAUGCAGCAACAGGGGCAGGGGUAAGAGGAGGAGGGGGGGCAGGAGGGGGAGCAGGAGGGGGAGCAGGAGGGGGAGCAGGAGGGGGAGCAGGAGGGGGGGCAGCAGCAGCAGCAGCAGCGGUGGGGGCAGGAGCUGGCAGGAGACGGGUUUCGUUAGCUGGAGCUGUGCCAACAGCGCAGCAAAAUCACCAUCACCAGCAUCAUCAUUAUCAUCCGCAGCAGCAGCAGCAGCAGCAGCAGCAGCAGCAGUGCGCACCCCGGGCAUCCAUGCCUCCACGACACACCAGCUACUCCCCUCCCCCCCCUGCCCGUGCCCGCCCAUCCUCACCCUCCGCUGCUGCUCCCCCCAGAGCUGCGAGGCGGAGCAUAGCUAGCAGCUACGGGGCAGGAGGGAACGGAGGGAUGGGAGGAACAGUAAGAGGGAUGGGAGCGAUGGGAGGAGGAGCAGGAGGAGCAGGAGGAGCAGGAGGAGCAGAGGGGGCAGGAGGGAGGGAGAGGGGCCAUAGAAAGCCGCUGCAGCGGGAUGUGGGGGAGGUGAUGCGGGAGAGGGUGGAGGAGGGGUUGAGGAAGGGGUGUGAUUGGUCCAGGCGGGUGGCGGCCACUGAGGCUGUGAGGGAGUGUUUGACGGGCGGAGGGGAGGGAGGGUGGGAUGAGGAGGAGGGCGUGAGCCGCAGGGGAAUCCAGGCCGUCACAAAGCACCUGGAGAAAGUAGUGGAGCUGCUAGUAACGGGGAUGGAGUUUGCCCACACCAAAGUAGCCACGUCAGCACUCGCCGUACUGGACGACCUCGUCCUGCACUGCCCCCCCAUCCUCGCCCCACCACAUCUGGAUCGCUGGUUGCCCCCGCUCUUCUCCCGAGUGGCCGACCCUGCCCCAGGGAAGGACAGGCUGAGGGUACAGGCCGAAGGGAUACUGGGUGGUAUUAGAGAGAGGUGGUUUAGGCGUGGGAGUGGGGGUGGGGGUGAGGGAAGGAGCGAGGUGGGGAGGAGUGGGGAGUGGUUGAGGGGAGGGGAGGUGGAAGCGGUGCAGGUGUUGCUGCCGGUGUUGGAGAGGGCGUUGGAGGGGCAGAGGGGGCCGAGAGUGAGGGUGUGUGUGAUGGAGUUUGCCUUCCUGGUGCUGAGAGGGAGGGCGGGGAGAGAGGAGGACGAGGAGGAGGAGGAAGUGGGAGAGGAGCAGGAGAGCAGGCGUGCUGGGACUGCAAUGGCCCAAGUCAGAAGAAGCACAGCGGAAGCCAAGUGCAUCCGUCAGUGGGGCACUCGCCUCCUCCCUCUGCUCAAGGACCCCAAGACGCGUCUGCCUGCAGCCCGGUGCUUAGGGGAGGUUAUUGCUCAAGUUGGCCCAGCGUUCAUGGCGCCAUUUAUGGACUCGCUUGCAGAAUCGGAAUUGUCCGACCUGUUUGCUCUGCUGGACAAGGCAGUGCCGGCGGAUGUAGCGGCGGCUGUAGCACAGUAUGUGCAGGGGAGUCAGAUCCAUGCGCAUGGGCUUGGGCAUGGCAUGGGUGUGCAACGCCAUUCGCAGGCAGCAGCAGCAGCAGAUGGUCGUAACAGCAUGCAUGGGCAUACCAGCAGAGGUCAAGCACCAGCAGCUGACAGGGGGUUAGAGGCAGACGCGCUGAGUGAUGGCGAGAGUGAGGAGAUUGCAUGGGAGGGCGAGGCAGAGGAAGAGCAAGAGGGCUUGAGAGACGGGGGGGAAUGGGAAGAGGGAGAGGGAGAUGGAUUGGGAGAGAAAGGAGGAGCAGGAGAGGAAGGAGGAGCAGGUGUGGCUGUAGCAGGUGUGGCUGUAACAGGUGUGGCUGUAGCAGGAGAAGUGGGCGGAUCAGAGGGGUGGUUGCAGAGUGAGCAGCAGAUGCCAGGGGACAGGCAGUAUGAAGGUGAAUAUGGAAGACGCGAGGAGGGAGAGCAAGAAGAGCAAAGUCAAGAGCAGGGAAGGCAAGAGAAGACAUACAGACGAGAGCUAUAUGCGGAAGAGCCUGCUGAGUCGAGACAGAAUCCGGUGCAAGCCGGUGUGGAGCCAUCUUCAGAGUCCUCCUUCCUAUCAUUCUCCCCAUCCUCGCUGGAUGAGGACAGGAGAGGGGGAGAGGAGGGGAGAGAGGGAGAGGAGGGGAGAGAGGGAGACGAAGGGGCGGUUCUUGAGGAGCGUCAAACAUUGCUGGAUGGGAAGGGGAGAGGGGGAGAGGAGGGGUCGCCUGGGUGCUCCAUGACGUCACCCCUGGUGGAGAUGCAGCAGCAACAUAGAGAACAACAACAGCAGCAGCAGCAGCAGCAGUACCAGGACGGACAGCAGCAGCAGCAGCAGCAGCAGGAUCACCAGGACGAUCUACAGCAGCAGCUACAGCAAGCGCAUGCUGGUGGCUCUGUUGCUGCUCCAAACGACCCUUGUUCCUUCAACACCUCCUCUUCCUCCUCCCCUGGCUCUUGUUCCCCGGAUCCGUCCUCCUCCUCGUCUGCUGCAUCUGCAUCCACUUCCGCCUCAACAGUAUCAACAGCCAUUAUGGAUUCUGCAGUGGAAGCAACGACUCAACACUUAGCUAAAUACCUGGCACUAAGUGCUGCAGUGGGAUCCGGUGCUGCUGCACGUGACCCCUCUUUUAUGCCCAACCACACUCCAAACGACAGGAAUGCCGCACUGGUCUCUCAGGUGUGUGGAGGGAGGGAUAUGAGGCUGACUGUCCAAGUGGAAAGGGAAGGAGAAGAAGGGGAGGGAAGGGGAGGUUGUGUGGAUGGGGGAGAUUGGGGGGAGUGGGAGGAGGAGAGGGAGGAGGUGGAUGACGCUUGGGUGGCAGCUGAAAUUGCUAAUGCCAUGAUGUGGGCUACUGGGAGGGAGGAGAUGUUGGAUGUAUGUAGAGAGGAGUGUAAAACUGGAUUGGCAAGUCACAAGUCGUCGAAUUUGGGGAAUGGAGGGAGUGGUGAGAGGAGGAGGGGAGGAGAACUAGAUCGGCGGUGUGAGAGGGAUGUUUUGGAGUAUUACUCGUCGCUUGUUGACGUGCCUGAGGUUUUGGGUUCUGCGAUGGGUGCUCCGGAGGGGAAUCUUGGGCGGAUUAGCUAUGUGGUAAGUGUGGCGGCAGCUGCAUAUGGUGAUAUGUAGGGAGUUCAACAAGGAUUCGGAUUAGCCGAGCAUGAUCAUUGUUGUAAAUUGUAGUAGUUGUUAUAAACAGUACGUAGCCUAGUGAGAAUAAGCAUCAAUAGGUCCUCUUGAAGUAUAGAGGAAAUAGCUAAAACGAAAUUACCAUGACAAGCAUAAGGCUACAUAAAGCGGUAAAGUCACA